CUAUAUAGACUAUAGAGGAGCAGAAACAGAGUAAUCAGGUGAAAAAAAUGGAGAACAACAAUAACAACGGAGACCCUACGCCGGUGCCGCGGGUAGCGGUGGUCGUUUUCCUCUUGAAGGGUAGAUCGGUCCUCCUCGGCCGCCGCCGCUCCUCCGUCGGCAACGCCACCUUCGCCCUUCCCGGCGGCCACCUCGAAUUCGGGGAGAGUUUUGAAGAAUGUGCAGCAAGAGAAGUGAAAGAGGAAACAGGGUUGGUCAUAGGGAGUUCAAAGUUUUUGACAGUAACAAACAAUGUGAUGUUGGAGCAACCUAAAAAGUGUCACUACGUAACCAUUUUCAUGAGGGCAAUGGUGGGUGUGGAUGCAGUAGAAGAGCAAGUGCCACAAAAUCUCGAACCUACCAAGUGUGAUGGUUGGGAGUGGUAUGAGUGGGAUCAUUUACCACACCCUCUAUUUGGGCCUCUUGAGAAAAUGGUCAAAGGAGGUUUUGACCCAUUUUCGCCCUAAUUAUGUUUAUGUAUGGUUUUUUUUGUGAGAUUGCUUGGAUAAUUGUACGGUUGGGCUAGGUUUAAUACUUUGUUGUAUGGAUUCGUAGUUUAGUAUGACAUUAUGAUGAAAUCAGUUAUGGUUUGGAUCGAAAGUAUAAAAGGAACAAAUUAGUGUAUUAUGGAAAAGUUUUUCUGAAAUUAUGCUAGCCUAAUUCUAGAAA